UUGGAAUUAAACAGUGUUAAAUCAUGCUUUUUUUCAGGUAACUGUCAGCCACAGUUAAUACUAAAAAGAUUUACGCAGGAGAACUGCAAAUUUAAUCCAUGCUUGAACGGUGGCACCUGCUUACCGGGAAGAACAUCUUGCUUGUGUACAUUUGGUUGGAUGGGCCGAUACUGCCACAGACACUGCCGUAAUAUCUACAAGAGUUGCGAGCGAUGGGCAAUGGAAGACAAAUGCGAACAAGUGCGCACGCAGACAAAUUUUUUCGACGUAAACUGCGCUGUAAGCUGCAACCAGUGCAUCCCGGAUCCAAAACAUAGUAUGCUUGCAUCAAGCUUCACAGCCCACAGAAAUCUGCCUUUAUUUUUCAUCUCAUAAAU